GAGAGAGAGAGAGACAAGCCGCAAUGAAUGUAACAUAACGCUCCUUCGAGUCGGAGGGGCAGGAACCUACCGUUAACUGAGCUAUAAAUUAUAAAUAUUGUAUAAGAGGAUUAAUAUAAUAAUAAUUAUUAUUAUUAUCAUUAUUAUCAUUAUUAUUAAUUGGUUUGGCGAAUUCUAAUCUGUUCACCGAUCGCGCUACGAGAGAUACGAAUUUUUCCGCACGGAAAUUGACACCUCAUUAUUUAUGUGUAUUUCAUUUUUUCGGAUGUUUUGAUUCUCAUCGUCCGAGUACAGAGAGAAUGUAAAUUUCACGUCGUAUCAAAUCGAAUGUCGCACGAAAGGCACCGCCGAAGAGAAUUUUCCGAAAGUAUUCAGAGCCACUUUUACACUUUGCAUUCUUUUGUUUACUUUUACUCAAUUGUUGAUUCGUUCAUUUUCGCAUUUUUUCUUUCACACAUAUUCUCUUCAAUUUUCUUUUUCGAAUGGUGUGCAAUGAAAAAUAUUAAUAAACACACUACUUAUUCAUGUUCGAAUUUACAAUUGUUUUUUAUAAUUAAGUAAAAUGGAUUAACAUUUCUUCUCUCGGAAUUUUUUUGUGUUUUAACAGUAAAUAGACAAUAAAAAUUUGCGAUAUGCUCAAUAUUAGAAUAUUGAAAGAUUAAUACUUGCGGGUAUUUUCGCAGGUCUGUUCUUUUUCAGAACUGCACCCUCUCUACCUUUUUUUUCUUUUUCUUCCCCUAAUAUUCGAACAUGUUCAUUUGAUUUCAAAAGUAUAAAUGCAGAAAGUAUAAUUGUAAAAAACAAAUCUCGUACGUUUUUACAUUAAAAAUGUUCGCGAACAUUGUUAUGGUACGAGCUUUUAUGAACGUAUCACAAAAAGGCAAAAUUAGAAGCAAUGUGCCAUAGGAAAAUCUAGGCAUACAGUGAUAGAUCUAGCAGUAUAGAAGAAGAGAGAAAAUAAUGCACUAUUGUGAAGAAAGGAAUAGCAGAAAAUUCCUAAAAUGUCGCCUCUCUCUCUCUUUCUUCUCCGAUACCUGCCGAUACGUGACAUCAGUUACGAUGUGUAUUUGACGUGCGUCGGAAAGUAUAUUUGUUUAGAAUAUAUUUUCAAAGGUCGUGCAUGAACGUCGUUGGCUUUUGAAGUACACGACAUAUACCGGAUCUAUCAUUUUGUGUCUAGCGAGUGAACAGGUGCGACAUUUCUUGUGUGAUUCUUUUGGCUCUUUAGAUUACAGCAGUUCCAUGGCAAUCUUAUUUUAUUUUAGAGGAAAACUGUUUUAUCAAGCAUAACUUGUCGACGUCAACUGCAUUGCUCUGUCAAUAAAUUCUUGUGCUCCUCGACGUAUAUAUAUUGCUGUAUUGCAGUGUUCCACGACUCAUUUAAAUAAAAUUUGCAACUUGAGAGCAUAAACAUGUUCUGCAAGUCUAAUAGUCAUCCAAAAUUGGAAGAUAUAUCGCUAAGUAAAAUGCGUAAGACAUUCAAUGAUCUAUCGCAGUCGACAAUAUUUGGUUCACACAGUUAUGUGAACGAGUGGAUGAAAGUGAUAUCACAGAUACACAAUAACAUAAAAAAACCAGAAACUGACGACAGACAGUACAGAGUUCUUAGACUCGCCAAUGGAUUAAAAAUAUGUUUAAUAAGCGAUCCGACAACUCAUCAAGCCGCCGCUGCGUUGACCAUACAGUUUGGUUACAAGCAGAAUCAUGUAGAAGGGUUUGCCCACUUAUAUCAACAUGUGCUGUAUGCUUCACGUCCAAACAAUGAGUUCGCAAAGUAUGUAAUGAAGAAUUCAGGCAUUAUCGAUAGCCAAACGCUUGACGAAACCACCACGUAUUACUUCGAUAUAAAGGCGGAAAUGUUUAAGCAAGCCUUAGAGCAAUUUGCCGGACUUUUCAAGGCACUGCCCAAAGAGGUCACUGACGAGUACCUCGAAGAGUUAUUACUUGGCAGGAUGUACGAUGAAGACAAGGAAACUCAACAGAUUGUAAAUUACAGAUUAUCGAAGCUAUUUAAAUGGAAUAUAGACUCGACUCAUGAUAUGACGAAAAAUAAAUUCGGCACUAUAUAUACGGCAUAUGAAAAGCCGAUACUCUGCGUUAAGGAUUACUUACAGCUAUUCUUUCCCGUGGAGUACGGUGCGGAUAUUAUGUCAUUGUGCGUCGUGGGCAAAGAAAGCUUAGAUGAUCUUUCUGCCAUGAUAUUGAAAUUCUUCUUCCCGCUACUAAGGAGGCGUUUAUUAAAAUCUUAUCUAUGGCAUGAACCUUCGUGUGAACUUAUACACAAAAUAUGGUGCCGUGAUAUCGCAGUAAAUGAAUCGAGAUUAUAUAUAAUGUACUCUGUGGGUGAUUUGGAUAAAAGAAUGGCGGUUGAGCGUUACUUCGUUUAUUUGCUCACAUACAGAGGCGAGAAAACGUUUGCGUCAGUUUUAGAGUCGAAAGGUUGGAUCACUUGCAUCGAAGCCAUAAGCCACCCCUGCGGCUCGUAUUACAAUUUCAUGAAUAUUGGCAUGAAAUUGACUGAAGAAGGCUUAAAACAUGUCGAUGAUAUUGUCGCAUUGUUAUUUCAAUAUAACAACUUGCUGAGAAAAAGAAUCACGGAGAGAUGGAUGUACAAUGAAUUUAAAGAAAUCCAAGAACUGAAAUUCCGCUAUGAAACAAGGCAAUCAAUUAUGAAUGAUGUUCGAGACAUUAGUCGAAAAAUGUUGUACUGUAUAGACAAAGAGCUACACAACAUUCUUCGCGUCGGUUUUGUGCCCUACGUAUGGAAUAAAAGUAAUUUGGAAUGUAAAAUAUCUCAGUUGUUAAACCCAUUACCACAGAAGAUUAGGAUUUUUGUAAUCGAUAAAAGAACUAAAGGACAUGUACAAGAGGACGAGUUGACGAAUAUUGAACCUGAGUGCUCAAUACUAUACAAAGCCGAGACCAUAUCAAGGGAAAUGUGUACUAAAUGGAUGAAGGCACAUACGGAGUUGAAGUUACCUGCCAGAAACGAGUUUAUACCGACAGUGGCUGGUUUGAAGCCAUAUUCAAUCAUCGAGACACGACCAAAGUUCUAUCCUGCAGCUAUAAAUGCUGAGCCUUUUGCGAGAGUUUGGUAUAAAAGAUGUCCUGAAUUCGAAGCACCAAAAGUUAACACGAUCAUUCAUUUUAUCUGUCCACACGUCUUUGCUAAAGUAAAUAUUCUUCACACCCAUUUUAAUUUUAUGUUUGUCCGGCUUCUUAAAGAAUCUUUGCAUGAUUAUGUAUACGCUGCUGCUUUAGUUGACUUAAAAUGGGAAAUUUAUGCUACUGCCAACGGAAUUCAAAUUGAAAUAAAUGGUUUCGAUAAUAAGCAACAUGUAAUAAUAGAAAAAAUCAUCGACCGAAUGAUCAAUUUCAAGUUAGAUACGGAUAUGUUCAAAGUCGCUAAAGAACGUAAUACGGAGCUUAGCAUUAGCCAGCUCAAGAAAUUCAAGGAAGAUCAACCAUAUAAUCAAGCAGAAGAGUAUCUCUUACACAUGUUGAUCGAUAGGCCGAUGAAGAAGGAAAUAUGGCAGCAAUAUGAGAAAGUAACUUUUGAGACAUUCGACAAGUUCAUAUCGAAGCUUUUCUCUAUGGUAUUCGUGGAGUGUUUAAUACACGGUAACAUAACUCCUGAAGAAGCUAGAAACAUUACUGAGUUAAUCGAGGCUAAACUGAGUGCAAAUGCAAAACGAAUACCAGCCAAGUAUUUAGAGAACAUGUGGCUAAACGAACGUUUUUUCAUAGUUCAAGAACCUGAACAUUUAGUAUUUCAAGCUUAUAAUGAGCACCACUUGAGUUCAAGUACAAAAGUAUUCUACCAAAUUCCUAAGCGAGACAUAAGGACAGACGUGCUCGUGCAAUUCAUACAAAAAAUAAUGGAAGAACGUUGUUAUGAUUGGAUGUCAAAAAACAAAUUAUUAGAUUAUUACAUGCAUUGCGGGAUGCUUACAACAAAAAUUACGCAAGGCUUGACAUUCUUAAUUCAUGGUUCACAUGAACACGUGCAUUUAAAAAUGAACGAAAAAAUCGACGAAUUUAUAGCCGACAUGGCGCAUUACAUAGAACACUUAAGCACAGAGGAUUUCUUGAAGAAAAAGGAUGAAUUUAUUGCAUCACGUUGUUCAAAACCAAAAACAAUGACUGAACUGUCUAAAGCAAUUUGGAAUGAGACUAUAACUAGGAACUAUAACUUUACGCGAAUCCAAGACUCAAUAGAAUGCAUAAAGAAUAUAAUGCCGCAGGAGGUGUAUAACUUUUAUCAGGAAUUCAUAAAUAAAAAGACUCCUAAAAUAUCAGUGCAUAUAACAUCCAUAUAUAAUGACAAAAUGAAGAAAAUGCUCCCAUACAAUCCAAAGGAAGUUACUGUGAUCGAUAGCAUUGAAUGCUUUCAAGGUAUGUUUUCGUCUUUAAAAAAAUAAAGGGCUAUAUAAUAAGGCCACUGUCGAGUCAAACGAAAACAUCAAAAAAAUGCAGAAAGUUCCUUAAAUUUUUAUAUUUAAUUUAAACAAUUAUUUUAUUUAGAUAUUAUA